CUCCAGCCUUUCUUCUCCUUCCUUCCUUCCCUCUCCUCUCUCCCUCUCCGCUUCAAGUCCCCGCCUUUUCCGUCUCUCCUUCUCCUUCUCUCUCCCCUCUCUGCGAUUUCUAGGGUUUGGAGCUAGCUUCUUCUCCAUAGCCGACCCCCCUCAACCUCCAAUCCCCCCAUCAUUCAAUCCGACCGAGGUUGCAUUCCGAUAUCUCCUCCCUGCUCGUCCGCGAUCCGCCUCCAUUUCCGGGGUCGUCGUUCCCUCUGGCUCGCCGCGAUCCAGGAUUUCUUCACGAGAAUGUUUGAUUAAUCGACUGCUGUAAAUGUGGUAUAGCUCCAAAGAUGAGAAGCUCUCAGGAAACCGACGCUUAAUGGACUGCUCACCCAACAGCACUGAUAAGAAAACUUUGAAGAGGUGGUUCUUCUUAGACAAGAGGGUUGGGUAAAAGAAAACUUAGGGGAAGAGAGGUGCCUUGUUAAGACUUCAGUUUUGUCAAGAGGCAGCAGUGAGGGUACAUUCUGGUUAUAUAGGUAGACGUCUAUACUUAGCACCGGAUCUGGAACCAAUGGAAAUAACAUCUAGUCACGCUUCUCCUGUUCUCGCCGAUCCAGCACCUGCUAGUAAGGGUAGACUUGGAGGGGUCCACACUAGCCUGUUGUCAGGUGCGUCUUUUUCCUCUAGCAAGUACGUAAAAAUUCCAAGAAGGAAGCCUGGGAAACUUGAUGAUGUUCGGUCUAAUGGAUGGCUUGAUUCCAUGAAAGCAUCUUCACCCCCUCGAAAGAAGCUGGUCAAGGACUUCAACUUAGAAGUUGCUUCAGAGGAUUUUGAUACUGCUUACAUGUCCUGGAUGCUCAAGUAUCCAUCAGCACUCAGAUCCUUUGAGCAUAUAAUAGAUCAAGCGAAGGGCAAGAAAAUAGCAAUAUUUUUAGACUAUGAUGGAACUCUUUCUCCAAUAGUUAAUGACCCUGAUUGUGCUCUUAUGUCUGACGAUAUGCGCUCUGCUGUAAAGAAUGUCUCGAGGCAUUUCCCAACUGCAAUUAUUAGUGGAAGAAGUCGUGAUAAGGUCUAUGACUUGGUAGGACUAACUGAACUAUAUUAUGCUGGUAGUCAUGGAAUGGACAUAAUGGGCCCCAUCAGCAACAGUGGGUCCAGUGACCAUCCUCGUUGUGUUAAAUCAACUGACCAACAGGGCAAGGCAGUAAACCUAUUCCAGCCAGCUAGAGAAUUUUUACCCGUGAUCGACGAGGUUUUUAGAACCCUUGUCGAGUCCACAAAGGGUAUUAAAGGCGCAAAAGUGGAGAACCAUAAAUUUUGUGCCUCUGUACAUUAUCGGAACGUAGAAGAGAAGAAUUGGCCUGUUAUUGCUCAGUGUGUCCAUGAUGUCUUAAAAGGCUAUCCUCGUUUACGGUUAACUCAUGGGCGAAAGGUUUUAGAGGUCCGCCCAGUGAUUGACUGGAACAAGGGUAAAGCAGUGGAAUUCCUUCUUGAUUCACUCGGGUUGAGAAGCUGCAAUGAUGUGCUUGCGAUAUACAUCGGGGACGACAAGACUGACGAAGAUGCCUUCAAGGUGCUGCUAAAGAGCAACACUGGAUUCGGCAUUUUGGUGUCUUCGAUCCCGAAAGAAACCCGGGCGUUUUACUCUCUGAAGGAGCCAUCGGAGGUGAUGGAGUUCUUGAGGACCCUUGCCAGUUGGAAAGAGACAGAGGACUCGGACAAGUAUCAGAGCCCUGUCUGACCAUAAUUAAUUUGUUUUUCUCUAUCCUCUUAUAUUAUUUUAUUUUAUUUCUAAUUUCGUGUUUUUCUCUCUCUGAAUUUAUUAUGUAAUUUUUAAGGGUUUGGAUAGCUAUCUCAGUACAUUUUAUUUAGUCACUUUCUAUUGCGAUUGUAAUAGAAAAAUCAGAAUGGCUGAAUGGAGUUUGCAAUGGUUAUGUUGGCCUCUCAGCUAAA